AUGGCCCCGAAGAGAAGCAAGGCUGGACCUGCAAAUCGACCCACAAAUAGGCCAGGGUUGAUAGCACGAGCGCAUACCACACGUCGAGCUCUACGUAGCGCAGGUUUUCGAUUUGCUCUAGAUGGAUCCGGACGUACCGCUAUUCAAGCAGAGCGCGACGAGUUCGCCAGCAAUAUGAACAAAGAUUGGCUACCCCGGAAUUUGGAUGGAAGUCCUCGUCAACGCCCAAAUCGCAAUCCUCGGGGCAUAGAGAAUCCUUUUUCUCACUGCUACAUCAAUGCAGUACUGCAGGAUUUUAUGCACACGCCCAUUUUCUUGAAUUGGAUCCGGACGCACACUCGCGAUGGAACCUGCGCAGAGAACUGCCUAAAGUGUAACAUUAAAGGCCUGGUUGAAGAUUACUGGGGACCGCUCCCUCCAGCACAGCCAAUCGGAGAAACGAAUGACUAUCUUGUCGGUAUCAAGACUGCUGCGUGGGAUACUUCACUCUUCCUAGAAGCCUUCCAGGAUGAUGCAAACAACUUUUACGAAUUCUUUUUGUUCAGUGAUGAGCAUGGCCUCGCCGCCGGGGACAGCGAGUGGAAGAGGGAAUUCGAUGCCAUCUUUGGAGUCGAGAUUGUACCAUUUGACACAUGCUACGAAUGCGGCGUCGAGCGGAUGAGGACGGUCGAACCUACAACAGGUCUCAUCAUCCCCUUCCCACCUGAUAUGCCCAAUAGCCUUGCGGGGGCAAUUCACCAUGCCUUCGCAGUCGAACAGCUGAAAGAGUACCAUUGUGAGACUCCCAGUUGCCAUAGACUGCGGCGCACUAAGUAUAAGGGACAUGACGGCCCACCACAAUCCCGCCGUAAAGUCUUAAGGAAGGCGCCAAGGGUACUCAAGAUCAGGAUUCUCAUCGGAGAGGACGGUGCUCAGUACGGCAAUAAGAGGUUUGACACGCUGGCGAUUGACGAGCAUCUGGACCUCGGGCAGUACCAAGAGAGUGAUAGCGCAAAGGCGCCGUUGACGUAUCAACUGUCGACUGUUGUAUCGCACUCCGGCGAGUCACUAGAUGCUGGACAUUACAUCGUCAGUGUACGCAACCCAGGCGAUAGACCGUACUAUAAUAUCAGCGACGACGACUGGGUGGAACCUAUCAGUCGCCAGCAAUUCACCGCCAAUCCUCAGGGAAACCGCAGAACCGAGAGCGAACAAUUUGAAGUGUACACGCUCACGUAUAUCAUGGAUGAACACGCGCCGGCCGUCGAACGACCCAUGAAACGCAUGCUAAAGGAGCUUCUUUGA